AUGGGCCGCAAGGAGGAUGAGAAGCGAAAAGCUAAGGCAAAGGCGAAGACUGCUGCAGGAAAGUCUAAAGUGAAUGACCAAGUGGACAAGGUGCAGAAGGAAGCAAUGCUUAAGGGAAACGUGAAGCGGGCAGCAGUCCUGGAAACCGCAGUGGUCACGGGAGUGCUGGCCUCGCAGCAGCAGGCAAUGGAUGUGAAGAUCGAGCAGUUCUCCAUGGGUGUCUACGGCAAGGAGUUCAUCAAGGACACGAAGCUUGAGCUCAACUUUGGCCGCCGGUACGGUCUCAUCGGAAUGAACGGAUCUGGCAAGUCAACAAUGCUUGCUGCCAUCGCAGCACGCGAGAUUCCCAUUCCGGAUCACAUCGACAUCUGGUUCCUGGACAGUGAGGCCAAGCCAGAGGAUACUACGGCCAUCCAGGCCGUGGUUAAUGUCGUCGCUGAUGAGCACAAGCGUCUGGAGGAGCUUUCCAUCAAACUCCUGGAAGAGGAUCCAGAAAAAAACGCGGACUACCUCCAGGUCAUCGGUGACAAGUUGGACAAGAUGGACCCAUCAACCUUCGAGCCGAGGGCCUGCGAGCUGCUUCACGGUCUGGGCUUCUCCCCGCAGAUGAUGCAGAAGGCCACCAAGGACAUGUCUGGUGGGUGGCGGAUGCGCGUGGCCCUGGCACAGGCGCUGUUCGUUGAGCCGCUGUUGCUGAUCUUGGACGAGACCGGGCCUUGGGUUGACCAACUUGCCGACGAAAGUGAUGGCAAUGUCCGUUUGCUAGGCCUUAGCACGUCAGUCUCUGGCCUGGAGUCCGCCUUGUCAAGCCGAAAACCCGUCAUGCGGCUACCAUAUCGGUUGGGCAAUGAGCUCCAUGUCUUUCUGGUGUCGUAUCGCAACAAGUUGGCUUGGGCCCACUGA